GGCCAUGUUCUAGAAGAGCUUAUUCCCGAUGCCAGCAUCCGUGGCUGGCGUCUUCGGAGAAUGCUGGCAUGAUAUUGCAGCAGGCAGUGUUUUGUUUGGGAAGGGAAAAGACAGAUGCGUUCUUGCUCUUAUCAAGUUACAUCUGAACUGCGUUAUGCAAUGUCACACAGUGCACAUGGAUAAAGCCUGCAUCUCUUGUGGAAAAGACACAGAAGGGCCACGGCAAGGAAGAAGACAGCGAAAUAGAGAUGGAGCUUCCCAGAGUUGUGAGGUCGGAAGAGGAAGACAUUAGGACACAAGCAACCUUAUGGGAACGGAAUAAAGGGAAGUUCCUGCAUAACUUGGCGGCUCAUCCGAAAGGAAAAGAGAAGGAAGGAACAUUUCACUACGGGAUAUGACGCUUCACGCGGUUCAAAAAGGUUUCAGCGUGUCUUGAUGGAACGUAGUGCAACAUAUGUUUGAAAAUAAAAGAAGUACAUUUGGCACGGUUUCGAAUCUGCGGAUGGUAUUUGGAUUGGAAGAAGGCAACGGAAGCUUUGUCGUUCCAAAUUUGCUUCCUUUUUUUAGAACUAAAGCAACUGCCCUUCCCUCCUGGCGGCUGCUUUAGCCCGGGCGACAGCGGACGAAGUCCUGCAGAGCGAUCUCUCAGCCCACUACUUGCCCAAGCAUUCAGACAGCCCAGAUGGCAUCAUACAUGUAGAGACGGAGAAGCUGGCCCGCACAGUGUUCACCAAACUCCAUGACAUGUGCUGCGCUUGGGUGAAGGACUUCCCUCUCCAGCAAAAGCCCCACCGUUACUAUGAAACAUCCAUCCAUGCCAUUAAGAACAUGCGCCGCAAGAUGGAGGACAAGCACGUCUGUAUUCCGGACUUCAACAUGCUCUUCAACCUUGAGGAUCAAGAGGAACAGGCCUAUUUUGCCGUAUUUGACGGCCACGGAGGAGUAGAUGCUGCCAUCUAUGCGUCCAUUCACCUCCACGUCAACCUUGUGCACCAAGAGAUGUUCCAGCAUGACCCUGCAGAGGCGCUCUGCAAAGCCUUCCGAGUGACGGAUGAACGCUUUGUGCAGAAGGCAGCCAGAGAGAGCUUGCGGUGUGGGACGACAGGCGUUGUGACCUUCAUCCGGGGGAACAUGUUAUAUGUGGCUUGGCUAGGAGACUCUCAGGUGAUGCUGGUAAGAAGAGGCCAAGCUGUGGAACUGAUGAAGCCUCAUAAACCUGACAGAGAGGAUGAGAAGAAGCGUAUCGAGGCCCUUGGAGGUUGCGUGGUCUGGUUUGGGGCAUGGCGAGUCAACGGGAGCCUGUCUGUCUCCAGAGCCAUUGGGGAUGCUGAGCACAAGCCAUACAUCUGUGGAGAUGCAGACUCCGCUUCCACAGUGCUGGAUGGAUCGGAAGACUACCUCAUUUUAGCCUGCGAUGGUUUCUACGACACGGUGAACCCCGACGAAGCAGUGAAAGUGGUGGCCGACCACCUGAAAGAAAACAACGGCGACAGCAGUAUGGUGGCCCACAAGCUGGUGGCGUCGGCACGGGACGCCGGCUCCAGCGACAACAUCACUGUCAUUGUGGUCUUUCUCAGGGACAUGAAUACGUCGGUGAGCAUUAGCGAGCAGUCCGAGUGGACAGAGAAUUCUUUCCAAGGCGGGCAAGAGGACAACGGUGAUGACAAAGAAAAUCACGGCGACUGCAAGAGGCCAUGGCCUCAGCACCAGGUCUCAGCACCUGCUGAUCUAGGAUACGAUGGGAGAGUGGAUUCUUUCACAGACAGAACUACUUUGAGCACAGGCUCCCGGAUUGACAUAUUGGAAGACCCAGGCUGUUUAGACCCGAGGAAAACGGAAGCCAGAAAACAGCAGAGUGCCAAACGCCUGUUCCCAGAUCAAGGGUCGAGUGCCGGUGUACCAAAGAGAGCAACCCUGGGCCACGGUGUAUUGGCAGAGAGCGAGACAGUGACCAACGGUGCAUCUCUCGAAAAAGGUCAAAGGAGUCUCCAGUCCUCGCCGGUUAGUUUUGGCUCCCCAACCGCUCACGUCUGCACGGCGGUGGUGAGCGCAUCUCCAACUUCUCUUGGGCUUGAAGGUGAAGGGUUCACGUCCUGGGGGAGAAGAGCUUCCAUUUCCUCUCACUUCCAUUUCUGCAACACAAACCGGUGGCAGCGGCUCGCCAGACUCAAGCCAAAACUCCACACGCUCCUCUUUGAGCGCAGACCGCUUUCCCGCAUGGAAGGAUUAGCCCUGUGCUCCCCUAGCGACAGCAUGAAUGGCCGUAGAAAUAAGUUGAUAAGAAGCCGCCUCUGGCAAGGCUUCUCUAGUUGCGGCCGCCAGGGUCGCGGUGAGAGUAUUCUCCUGACGCCGAGGCACAGUCACUGUUUACCAGACCCAUGGCUGCUCUGGAGCUGUAAAGAAUAACAACGCUCCCUCAUAUCCCCCCCCAUUCCUGGCUUCUCCAAAUAGUUAGGUUAGACAUUCACAGAAUGAGAAGUAACCAAGAGGGAGCAUUUCCGAACCACGCGAUGGUGGAAUACUCCCCUCGUGUAAAUAGAUCCUAGGAAUAAUAAAAGAAAAUCAUUUCAAUCUCAAAAAGUAAAACGUAAGGGCUGGAGCACCAGUCACACUAAGCAACGCCACAAAAACAUGUUCAUUCUCUUCCCUCCUGUACAUGUUAUGUAUGUAGCUGUAGCUUCUCAUUUGCCCACUGGAACUGGAAACUGUUAUGGACUCAUUGGACUUGGAUAGGAAAAGUGCUAUUUUUAAAAGAGCGAUGCAAAAAAACCCCCAAAACCCCUAAGGUGAAACCUGUCUGAGGCGAGUCUGCAGAGCAAUAUUUUCAGAAAGAGCCUGUUUUAAAAAAGCCUUUUCAGUUUUUGUAGGUGGGGUGGGGUGGGAAGGGACAGAAGCAGGAAGGCAAAACCGUCCGGUUUGCAUGGGGAGGCAGGGUCCUGAAAGAUUUAAUGGGGGAAACCAGGGAGCUUUGCAGGUAUGUUAUUUAAAAAGCCAUAUGAGGGUUUAAUCUAAGCUGGCCCUUCUUGUAUAUCCACUUAGACUCAGAUCAAGGUGUGUACUAAACCUUUCCCUAUGUUUUCCCUCUGUGACAUAGCAAAAAAAAAAACACAAACAAACACAAUAACCAUGAAGGAAUACUAUCUUUUUCUAGUUUUUAAACAGAUCAUGUCCUGUGGCUAAACCCGAAAUGACACUGAAAUUCAAAUCGGCUCGAGAGUAUUUUUUAUUACGACGGUUAUGAUUUUGGUGCUUAGUGACCUUUUAGUCUUUUAAACUGGAAAAGUAAUAACUUUAAGCAUUGUUUGCAUCUAAUAAUAGUAAUGCUUAAUUCUUUCCACCACUUUCUUCUCCCCCAUAAUCCCUCUUAUCUCAGGUGUCAAUACGAUCGAUUAAAGCUAACCAAGGUAGGAAUACGCUGACCAGGGAACUGAUGGAGCCUGAAGGCCUGAAGCUCACACCUUUGGCCAUCAGUUCGAAUCUUCACAUUCCUAGGGACUACAUACAGUGCUAGAGUAGGGUUUGUUUUGUUUUUUGCUCAGCUGCUCAGUGCACUUUAUGGUCUGGUCUCAAGAGACCUUAAGAAUACAAAGCUGAGCGAGUAGAGAUGCUGAGAGCCUUGUGGGAAUGUAAAUAGAUGCGGAAAGCCUGUGGCAGGCGGCCUUUCGGAGCAACCACAGCAAAAGGAGCAGCGAGCCCAGAGGUGUAGCACUGCAAGGGAAGGGUAAGUGUGAGAAUUGCCUCCCUGUCUCUGUCCUUCAUCCUAAGGAGCAAAACACUAACUCACCGAACAAAUCUCAGCAUUAGAUAACCAGCUAGUAGGCCACAAGAGUAAAGCAAACCCGUUCAGAGAGGCCUGCGCAUCACUAACCUUUGCUCGAAUUAUCCUAAAAGGCAUUCGGCUUUAAACAGAUAAUUAAAUCCUACAAUGCCAAGAGGAUUUCCUUCUGGCGGAAUAAUAUUACUAAUUAAUGUAACUUUGAUAAAUUUACUGAUGGAUUGGGAAUAAUACAGCUAAUUAGGACAUGCUUCGGAAUUGAAGUUUUCUUACACUGAACGUGACUGCCUCACAUUUGUUAAGCGACUUGAAGUAUGCAAGGAAAGGAAGCUGAAACCUCAGCUUUGCUCACGCUGAGGGAGCGGGGGACAAAACUUAAGGGACCAUAGAGCUUUUCCCAUUUGUCACCUUAGGUGUGCUGUGUUCCAAAUUGAGUAUCACCAAGUAAAGCAGUAGCUGCCUAAAGUAGAGUCUGGGUAAGUAAUUUGUGUUGGACCACAACCCAGAACCCUCCGUCUGCUGGCCAUGUUGCGUGUGGAGUUGUGAGAGCCGUAGUCCAACAAAGUAACUUUCCCAAGCUGUGGCACGGAGUCAGACUUUCUCUCUCUCUGCGCUCCCUUAUUUGAAAACGUUUCAUACCGGUAGAUAGGGGACUCCACAAGCCGCGUUCUUUCCCGUAGCUGUGCUUCUACCAAAAAGGCACAAUUCUUGAAGACAUCAAAACUCUAGACCGCCACCAGCCUUUGACCAUCUUCCUAAAAAUCUUCCCAAAGUCCAGGCACUCAAGAGUAUUCUCUCUUGUUUAAGAAAUACAAAGUCUCAUUCCCUGUAUGUGGAUUUAUACCCCUGGAUGAUCUGCUGCUCACCUUGUGAUCCUUCUGCGAAGGAAUCUGUCAUCUGUUCCUAGUGUGGUCCCGUACAAACUGUUAUUGUCAACACACUGCAAGUGUCCAUUUCCUCUCCCAUUACAUCGUGGUUGAGUGUGUAGGAUCCAUUUGUGAGGCAACUCUUCAGCCCACGGUAGAAUACGUAUUUAAAAGUAGUUGUUCUUGGUCCGAUAUACGCCGCUCAAUCUUACACACCUGGCAAAAAUAAAGCAGUGCUUUGUGACACGCCGUGCUUUUUCUCAGCGCCACCAGUGAUAGGAAGUAGUUCUUUCUUCGGUUCAAACUCCUGUGCCCUUAUUUGCUGCUUGCUGAUGUAAGCAAUAAAGCUCCCACCGUUAAAAUUAACAAUAUCUUAAUGUUCUGUAUCUUGUACUUUUGAUCCUCUAAGCUGGUGAGAAUGUACAAACGAAGAAGAAGAAGAGGCAUCUAACUGUAUUUAUUAUCUUAAUGUUCUUGUCUGUAAAAGUGUUUUGUAAAUCUGUGUAAUUAAUAGUGGUGACAUUUGCAUAACAAAAAAAACCUUUCCAAUAAAGAGCAGAAGCAUCCCUUGCGUCCACACCACCUGCAUUAGCUCCGCAAGUAUCAGCAAUGAGGGCAAAGAGUUUUGGCGGCCUUUUUCUGAGACGGCUCCAGAGUCUGUUCACUGUGAGUUUCCAUCAAUCCCUCUCCAACUUUGAUACAGAAUGAUGGCGGCGGUGGCGGUGAAUGGAAAAGCCAAGUAGGAAGCCAUUACUCCAUUCCAGUUGCGCUAACCAAUGUAUUUUUUUUUUAAUUGAAGUGCCAUCAAUUGUCCUUGUCACCUGAGAAGAUGGAGAUGCAUACCUUUGUACCCUGAAAGCAAAGGGGCAGAGGAGGAAGGAGAGACUCCUCCUUUGAUUCAGAAAAGACCAAAAGAGCCCCAAAAAGGAGAGAACACUCCUCUUCUCUUUUGGCAGAGCCUCUUUCCUCCUCCUCGCUGCUACUAGCUCCCGAAAGUUGUGCAUACCUUCCCAGUUUAUAACAUUUGCAUCUAUCGCAUUUGUGCUACCUGUUAGAAGUAUUCCGCUGUAACCUCCAUAGAGGCACAGUGCUUUCCCUCCCUUUGACAGCCAUCUAAGCUAGAAAAGCAACUAUGCAGAAUAGGUUCACCCUUCCAAGCGAGAGCUAUAGUUCACGCAGGCCUUCCCCCAGCCCACCUAGAACUGUGUUACAGCUCUGGCAAGUACAACUCACUUGUAGAAAGAGAGGAACUAGAGCUGUGGUCAUGCCUGUAUGUUAGGGCUGUGUCCCUCUCUUCUACAACAUAAACUGUUUAACAGGAUACAGUUAGGUUUUGCAAAGCCUUCCUUUGUGUAAGCAACACUGAGCGAUACACGCAAGUGACCGAUUAAGUCAUUCUUACAUUACACGAAACACUAACCUACUAUAGCUGCCAGUAUUAAGAACACUCUAGUGUCGUAAAAGUGUCGCACACAAGGCUGGGUCUAACAACAUGAAGCUAACUUGUUUUACUUUCCCUUGCUGGUGCGUUUUCCCUCCUAGAAGUAGAAAGAGUCAGAACAAGGCUAACUUGGGGGGGGAAAACCAGCUGAGAUUCAUCCUUAUUACUGAAACAUUAAAAUGGCACAUUCCUAAGAAUGCCAAGUGUGUUAUUGAGCUCUUGUCGAAAGAUACAUACGCUGUCGUUAAAACUAAAGAAAUGGGUCAGUUUAAUCUAAAUGACUUUACUACUGUGUUGGGACCUGUUGACAACUUUGUUCCUAUAGCUCAUUAAGUUCAGUAGGAAUCAUGUAUUAGCCAUAUUUUAUUUAUUAAAGCUGUUCACAAGAGGUAAGGACUAUGUUCAACUUUUACCAAUAUCUUAAUAAAACAGCAAACAUUA